AUGACAGAUGGUGCACAAUUAGAACGGAAACCCUCACGGAGCAUCAAUGAUGCCCGGAUUGCUGGGCUCUACGAUCUACAAAAAACUAUCGGCAAAGGUCAUUUCGCUGUAGUCAAAUUGGCAAGUCAUGUUUUUACAGGUGAAAAGGUAGCUGUGAAAGUGAUUGAUAAGACAAAAUUUGAUUCUUCAAUGGCAUCUCAUCUAAUAAAAGAGGUUCGUUGUAUGAAAUUGGUGCAACAUCCAAAUAUAGUUCGUUUAUAUGAAGUUAUCGACACACAAACGAAGUUGUUUCUAAUUCUCGAAUUAGGAGAUUAUGAUAUGUAUGAUUUUAUUACGAGAAAUGCUGAUAAGGGCUGUCCGGAAGGAGAAGCACAACAAUAUUUCUGCCAAAUUAUCAAAGCAAUUGAUUACUGUCAUCAGCUGCAUGUCGUUCACCGGGAUCUGAAGCCUGAAAAUGUCGUGUUCUUCGAACGUCUGGGCAUGGUGAAGUUGACGGAUUUUGGGUUUAGCAAUAAAUUUAUUCCAGGCGAGCAGCUUGAAACUGCUUGUGGCAGCUUAGCUUAUUCAGCUCCGGAAAUUUUACUGGGGGAUUCCUAUGACGCUCCAGCCGUUGAUGUAUGGUCACUGGGAGUUAUUUUAUAUAUGUUGUUAUGCGGUCGGUUGCCAUUCCAGGAAGCAAAUGACUCGGAAACGUUGACGAAAAUAUUAGAUUGCAAAUAUUCUGUUCCAGAUACACUUUCGCUACAUGCUCGCUAUCUCAUAUCACGAAUGUUGGUGAAAGAUGUCCAGAAGCGCGCAACGCUAAACGAAAUUAUUAACAAUUCGUGGGUGAAAGCUGGAGAUCUUGGUCUCGCUCAGAUUUUACCUUUGGUUGGACGAGAUGUCCUUCCGGAAAAUGCACAUGCUACAAUUAUUGACCAGAUGGUAGCUGGUGGUGUUGAUACGGAGGAGAACAUUCUGCGAUCACUAGAUAACGACGAUUAUUCUUACGUUACCGCCACCUAUUAUUUACUUGCCGAAAGAGUUCUGGCAUCUUAUCGUGAAGAACGUGCCAGGAAAGCGCAUGAAGUUCAGCGUCCGUCAUUAAGCGACUUGCCGCCAGACUUUAAAAAUUCUCUUGAAACAAGGGAAACAGUUGGGAAAAAUGAAGAAGGGAGUGGUUAUAAAAGCCGAAGUCGAUCCAAUUCAUGGCGUGGUGGCACUUCUGUCUCUCUGCGGCCAUGUGCAAUUUUAAAAGAAGAAAGUGAAGAGGAGUUGUCAACAUAUCAUUGCGGUACAUCAAGGCAGUCGUCGAGGCACUCAUCUUGCUCUCUGUCAAUAUUUCCUUCCAAUUCUGGUUCACAUGGACGAAUAUCACCUCAGGACAUACAGGGUUUACUGGAAUUAUCACGUUUGAACAUCGCAGAAGGUAAAAGGCGAACAGUUUCACCGGACAGCCGUUUGAGCAGCCGAAGCUCUAGCCCACCGAAUUCAAGUGGCCGUGCAAGUCCUGCAGUUAGUCGAUUAAAGGUUUCCUUUACUGGAUCUAGUGGAUUGCGGAAGUUGGGUUCAUCGCCGCACCUGCUUGGAAUUUGUGAGGAAACAGAGGAAUAUGAAUUUGAUAAAGGUGCGGAACAACGUCAAACUGUAACUCGUCAUAGUAUUUCUGGUGCAUCGGUUUUACCUUUAUCGACUUCUCGACUUUUCGUCCAACCGAAGCUCGCUGUACAAGAUUCUCUUGGUGCGCCUCUUACAUAUAGUAAUGUACGCAUGAUCAGGCGACGUCAAGCGAUAGUUUCACCAGAUAUGGCUCAAAGGUACGAGCAGAGACCGCCUUCCAGAUAUCAUAAACCACAAAAAUCACAAAGGAGCACAAGCUGUUCAUCAAGUGAAACGUCAGAUGAUGACAGCGAGAGAAGAUUGAAUUUUUUGGCCUCCAAAUAUUGUUAUAAUUAUGGAAACCGACAAGAUAACGAUGAUGAUCCAUCAAAGGGUAAUGGAGGUGCACCAAUUGGUCCAAGUAACUCUGGAAGUGAACCAAUCACUGGAAACACUUCAAAUGCCUCUGAUAAUACUUCAUGCAAUCAAGAUUGUCAGUAUUCUGGUGAACAGUCAUCUCGAUAUCGCAAUUCGCUAGGCCUAAAACUGUUGGAAAGUACUCAAAUGGUACCUAUAGCCUUACAUCCUAUUAAGGAAGUACCGUCAUCGCUUUUCUCUCACUCACUUUUUUCGAGAGAUACGGAAGUACAGAGGUGA